UCCAGUUGUUUGUGGAGCUGGGGGUGAGCAUCAACCAGGGUGACUCUCAGGGACUGACUGCACUCCACAUAGCCUGCUCUCACACCUACAUCCAUCUGGCCGGCCUGCUGAUUAAAGCCAGAGCUAAUGUCAAUGCCCGCACACACCAGAACCACACGCCCCUCCAUCUGGCCGCUAUGAGAGGAAACAGUGAGUUGGUGGAAUUGCUCCUGUCCCAUCGUGCAUGUGUAGACACCUUGGAUGAUGACAAUCGCACAGCUCUCCACUAUGCUGCUGCCUCAGGCAAUGCUGAUUUGGUGGAGUUGCUGCUGUCUGCUGGUGCUGACCCUUCAUUACUUGACAAUAUGGGCAACACACCCUUGCAUUAUGCUGUGGACGUAAGUGGAAUGCCAGCUCAUGUUGUGCGGCAGCUGGCUUCAGCCCAUCCACCUGCUGUGGGAAUAACUAACCGCAGCACAGAGACGCCCCUUCACAUUGCUGUCCGUAAUGGCAGAUGUGAUGCAGAGAGUGUUCUUCAAGCAGCAUUAGAGUAUGGAACAAAGGGGCAAUACGACUUCCUUGGGUCAUACUCCGUUGCACCUUGCUGGAGGGAUGCCACCUGGGGGCUGUGUGUUCUUUCUUCUUGCCGCUUGGUGCUCGUACUAAGCGCCUCAUUCAUGUAUGGUGGCGUGAUUGAGUGCAAGUACAGGACUCAGGAGGAAUCGAGCCUGCUUCAUGAUGCUACAAGACAGCCCCCAAAACUGUCAAGUGUGUGUCGCCGAGCACUCACACUUCACUUGGGUCCUGCAUCUCUCUUGGCUCUGUCCAAAACCACUUUACCUACCACAUGGCGGGACUUCCUCACAUACAAGUCUGUUAACAUUUAG